UUGAUAGCAGCCAGCGGGUUCCCAGAAAGGGGGUGGUGGCACAAGAGCGAAGGAAGAUGAGUAAACAGAAUCCACCCCGUCCUGCAUCCAGUCAACCCAGACCAACUGCCCCGAGAACGACUUUUCCUCCGCAAAAGCCUCCACCUCCUCCCCCAACCAAGCCAAGUACUGCGACACAAUCGACGCCACCUCCACCUCCGAAAGCGGUCACCUUGUCGCCGCCCCCUCGUCCGAAAUCCGUUUCUGCACCGCCGCCUGCUCCUCCGAAACCUGUGCCGAAACCUGUACCACCACCAAGCAAACAGCCUUCAGGCGAAUCACCUGGAGUAUUGAGCGAGCCAGGAUCAGGAGUGGUUUCCCGACUGAACCUCAGCUAUAGAGAUCAACCGAUGAGCCACGGGAGAAAGACCAUCCUGUGCGUGUACAGUAUCCAUGCGUUUCUUUCGUUAUUUGCAGUUCUCCAGCUGAUAGUCUUUCGGAUCCUCGAGAUGGACUUUGCGGAAUCGAUAAGCCCAACGAUUCCCACCUUUGUGUGGCUGCUCAUAGCAAUGGGGUGUAUCGUGGUCCUGGCCUUUGUGAAUCUGGCCAACCAUUGUCCAUGCAACUGCCUGCUGGCCAUCAUCGGCGCAGAGGUGGUAAUGAUCUUUGUCAAUUCUAACAAAUGGUGUGAGCUGUCGUAUCUCUGGAUAUGUGUUGUUCUGAUGAUAGUGGCGUCCAUAAAUAUCAUCCUCUACAUAAUUGGCAUCUAUGUGCCGCUGAAGUUACUGCCGGGGAACUUGUUCAUUAUCGUGCUCACAUUAUGCUGCGUAGUGAUUGUCAUUUCGAUCUAUUCCGUUGUGUAUCUCAAUGGCAAUCGCUAUAUGCUGCGUUAUGUGUCCAUGAUAAGUCUGUUCUAUGCGAUGGUUCUUGUCGUCUUCACCGUCACCGUUGUCCAUCAGCGGAGAUCGGAGUAUCUGGACCGAUCGGAUUAUGUUCUACAAGGCGCCAUUCUGGCCAUGAUCUUCGUCUAUAUGAUACAUGCACUGACCAUGAUUGUGAUAUUUGCCAGGUUUCUGGUUGAACAUGUCUAAGCUAUGUCUUUGAAAGGUAAAAUCUGUAAAUCUACGUAAUGAAAGUAAAGUGUUUUAUAAAAUGACAAU